AUGUACAACAAAACAAAACACAAAUCAAGAGCUACACACACCUGGCGACUGUGGGCCAUCUACAUGGUCUUAGCUGCAAAUCUCUCUGAAGAGCAAGUGCUGGAGCACGCUUGUCCUUCAUGUGAUGCCACUCAGCUUUGCAACUGCUCUUCCAUGGGCUUGGACUUUGUUCCGCUGGGGCUCACGGACAAACUCAGAGUGUUAGACCUGGCCCACAACAGGAUAAAGCACAUCCAGUCCCAGGACCUGCAGCAGGCUGUGAACCUGAGAGCCCUGCUGCUGCAGUCCAACAAGAUCAGCUCGAUAGACGAGGAUGCGUUUCGCCCCCUUGGGAAACUGGAGGUCUUGGACUUAUCAAAUAACAGCUUGGCUCACUUGUCCCCUGCGUGGUUUGAGCACCUGUUUUCGCUCCAGCACCUCCAUCUCCAAGGGAACUCCUACAGAGACCUGGGGGAACGCUCCCCCUUCUCUAGCCUGAGGAACCUGAGCUCUCUCCACCUGGGCAACCCGUGGUUCUCCACGAUACGGCAAGGGAACUUUGAGGGCAUUGAGCUUCUUGACACGCUGUGGAUUGAGGGUGUCAGGCUCAGUCAGUAUGAGCCGGGAAGUUUGAAAUGGAUUAAGCAGAUAAAUCACAUGAUCAUAAACCUAAGAAACACUAGUGUAUUCUCAGCAAUUGUCAGGGACCUUCUGCACUCUGUCAUUUGGUUAGAGGUCAGAGAAAUCAAAACAGAAUUCAUAGAAAACAGCUUGGUGCAGAACGCUACGCUUCCUUUCAAGAUACGAAAACUUACGUUUAAAGAUGCCUCCUUCACAGAUCAAUGUAUUAGCCGAAUAGGAGUAUUACUGAAGAAAAUCACAUCUUUGCAAGAGUUAGAGGCAAUUGAUUGUGUGCUUGAGGGGAAAGGAGCAUGGGAUACUGAAGCAUUUCUAAGGACUGGGCGAAGUUCUGUUGAAACAAUAUCAAUAAUAAAUAUAACAAUUCCAAAAUUUCAUUUGUUUUUUGACUUGAAUGGUAUGGAGUCACAAAUAAACCAAUUGAAAAGACUCACCAUUGUGAGCUCUAAAGUUUUCAUGGUAGCAUGCCAACUUGCAAAAAGUUUUUCAUCACUUCUGUAUCUGGACUUUCAUGAUAAUUUGCUUGUAAAUAUUCGCUUAAAUGAGACGAUCUGUAAAGAUGCUUGGCCUUCAUUGCAAACUUUAAAUAUAAGUCGAAACGCUCUAAAAUCUCUGAAACAGACUGCAAAUUCUGUAAGUCGUCUACCAAAACUGAUUAACCUUGACAUUAGCCAAAAUAAUUUUGGUGAG